UCACAAACACGCAGCCACACACCUCCAAGCCUCCAACCUCACGUCCUGUCACUGCACAGAGAAACUGGAGCUGCGGACAGAUUUACGUCGCACUCACAUGGUGUCCAACCACAAGGACUGGAUAAAGCUAGGUUUUGUGCUGGACUGUUAUUCCUCGAUUCCUUUAGUACUGUGGAUAUGGGAGGCAGAGAGGAGGUAGUUGUGAGCAGGUUCGAGUCCACCAUGCAGUUUUCACGCACCAGGUUGAACCGUUUCAGGAUCCGUCCUACCCAAAGCCCAGCGAGGAGCAAGCGCGUGAAGCCAUCUUCCCGCAAGAAAACAGCCAGAAAUCCCAGCCCCACCGAGAUGAGCGUGGAGCCCUGGGCCAGCCCGCAGGACCAGGCAGCCGCUGAGCACGCACACAGCACGCACACGCCAUCCUCCCAGGAUCAGGAGCAGCACCCCGACAAACUCUGCCUGGACUCGUUCUGGAGUGAGGUGGAGACCAUCAGACAGGGGAGUGGCUACACAGACCUCGACUGCACCAGGAGAGACUCCAGACAGUCAGAAGAGGGCGAACAGGAAGAGCAGUGGUUGGCUGAUGCUGGUUUGUCGAACCUCAUCAGUGAGGACAGCGAGGAUGUAGACAACGCGGUGCUGCUGUCCACUCUGACCCGGACCCAGGCCGAGGCCGUCCAGCGUCGGUUAGAUUCCUACACGCUGUCCCUCCGCAAGAGGAAUAAACCAGCACCGCGUGACGUCCGUGACGUCUUCAACUCCCCCAUCACUCAGAACCUUCUGCCUGAGUCCCAGCAUAGUGAAGACCUUGCCCACAACAGCAUGGCAUCGGUUGCCAAGACACCGCUAUCAGCUGUGACGCCAGAGCAUCAGCGAGGUGCUCCAAAAGAGGAAUUCUUCAUCACCGACGUGGCUUACUGCGAACAGGCUGUCAUCUUCCUCAAACAGGCCAAACUUCAGCAAAACAACAGCCAGCGCAGGAAAGAGGAUGGCACCCUGCCUCGGGUGAUCUGCCCCAAGUGCCGUCUAGGAGUGACUCGUAUUCAGGAUCUGUCCCACACUGACAUGAAGAAGGUGCGUCAGUUGGCUCUCAUCGACAUGACGGCGCUGUGCGACCUCUUAGAGCUGGAGGUCAAAAGACACAAAACCAGCAAGAGGAAAAUCCCAGAGAGCACGCUGUUUGGGGUGCCGCUGGCCACGCUGCUGGAGAACGAUCAGAAAAUCAAGUCCAACACCUCAACUCCUCUCUUCAUGCAGGCCUUGUUGUCAUUUUUGGAGAAGAAAGGAGUCGAUUCGGAGGGGAUCCUGCGGGUUCCAGGAUCUCAGUCCAGAAUCAAGCUGCUGCAGCAGAACUUAGAGACCAACUUCUACUCAGGGCAGGUCAGCUGGGAUGAGGUGAGUCCAAACGACGCUGCCGCGCUGCUCAAGAAGUUCAUCCGGGAACUGCCCGCUCCUCUGCUCACCGCCGAGUACCUCAACACCUUCAGCGCCGUCAGAGACAUUACAGAGCUGAAGCAGAAACUCCACAUGUUGAACCUGCUCAUCCUGCUGCUGCCUGAGCCCAACAGGAACACACUGAAGGCUCUCCUUGAGUUCCUCAGUAAGGUGGUUUCCAAGGAGAAGAGGAACAGGAUGAACCUGUGGGCCGUAGCAACCAUCAUGGCUCCCAACCUCUUCCUCCACAAGGCCGUCCCCAGCAGACUGACUGAGGGGGCAGAGAAAGGACACGCAGAGAAAGCAGCUGAUGUUAUGAGGCUCCUCAUCCGCUACCAGGACCUGCUCUGGACGAUCCCCAAUUUCCUCAUGAGCCAGGUGCGUAAGCUGAAUGAGAACAGUAACCGGCGUUACCAGUUCUACGAUCGCCGCAUCAAGAACCUGCUGAGGAAGAUCCACACAGACAGCCGGGAAAAACCUGAUAAAAACACCUCAGAGCUAUGCCGUACGGUAAAGAUCCAGGUCGGGGAUCAGGUGAGCGGCACCAUGGAGUAUCAGCUCAGCAUCAACUCCCGAGCCUCAGACCUGCUCACCCAGUUUCACCGGCAGUCCCUCCGCAGCCCCGAUAAUGGAAAAGGCAAAAUACGAAGAAACGGCUCUGUGGCGUAUCCAGACUGCGCCCUGUACGAAGUGGGAGGGAAUAUUGGUGAGCACUGCCUGGACCCCGACACACACCUUCUGGAUCUGUACAACAGUAACCAUGGAGGAGAGUGGGUCAUCAAGCUGAAACCCAACGCCAGCAGAGGGCUGUGAAGGGUGGACGGACAGAUCGGGGAACAGCUCGCUGAAGAAGGACAAGGGCAGAGCCUAAAAAAACAUCAAGUCCACACAGUCUGCUUUUCUUGUCCUUUUCAUCCUUGGAGCAACGAGGGAGAAGGAGACAGAUGGAGGAAGCAGAAGCAGAUAGAUGGAGAAUCUGCCAGGAGCAGAGCCUACAAACUGUCUGUGAUCAGAUGGACAUACAUUGCCCUCUUUCUCCUUCUCUCUCUCCAUCUUUCUCCCUUCACGCCAUCACUCCUGUCCCGUGUUACCGCAGGGCUGCGACGCUGCAAGCAAAACGCUGCUGACGUGACUCAUUACUUCCGACAGAGAACCUGCUGCAUAGAAAACAGAGGAGAGAGAGCGGCCGGGCAGCUUGGUUCACCAUCUUUUUUUAUGUCCAACCAUGAGCGAGCAGAUGGGGAUGCAGAGCACCUCUGGCUAUAGAGAGUUCCACCCCUUUCUCAGGCCAGGCAGGGUUUUUUCUCUCGUGGCUUUCAUUCAUCGGUCUUAACAAAAAGCUGAAACAUGAUCCAGGAGCUUUCUACCCAUAUUAUUGGUGUCUAAACCUGCACUGGACAAUGAAUUUAAAUUUUCAUACAAGAGAAAACAACAUUUUUUUUGAGACUGAAGGUGCAUUCUUAAUCUUGGAUACACAAACACUCAGCCAGUGAUUGAGCUGUAGAGAUUUUGAUUGCAUAGAUACAGUAGACUCAAAACUAACAAAAGAUUAUUUAGUAUCAAGCUCACAUUUUGCCUGCCUUCAGUGAGUGCGUUCAUGUGCAUCUAAGUAACCAGGGUCCUCAGAGACAAUAGUCAAAUAUUCAGCGAUGGAAACCAACUCAAGAGCAGGCGGACGCAGUGUUAGGAGCUCAAUCCGCUGCUACUCUCCCCGUAUGCAGUCUUGUGUCAGGCUUAAACUCAGUUCCCCGUAUACAUGGCAGAGAAAUCUGGAGGAGAAAUCUACCCGGGGAAUUCAGAUGUGUCUAAUCCCCCUACCCCAGUCACAGGCACCAGGUUUCUCACUUACGUGACGUUAAAUAAAAUCAGCUUCCUGGAGAAAGACGACAGUAACUGAGCCACUUAAUGUAAAGAUCACUGACUCCAUUCAGCUGAGGAUAGGGACAGAAAACUCUAGUAUCAUGUUCUGCUUUUAUUAAUUAAAUGUUGAUGAUUAAAAGCUAACAAUGAGAGAAAACACUGAAAACUGAGUGUUGCCUGGGAUCCUUCUCAUUUGCAUAUUAUCUCCUGCUCGCACCGUCUCUCCAUUGACAGUUUUCCAGCUCUGACAUAUUGAUCACAAAGUGAGCAAAGACUUCUCUGUGUGGACUCCUUCCUUCAUUUGUGCCAUCCAAAGAGGGAAAGAGACCCAGAUGGACUGAUAUCCCCUUAUCUGUGAACCAAUGCGAUCCCCUGGGCCUUAUAAAACUCCAUGGACUUCCAAAGACCCCUGACCUGUUCACAACGGUGUUCAAAGAGACUUUUUUUUUCCUUUUUGAUACCAUGGGAUUUGGUGUCACAACCUCAAGGACAGUUACCGCACCUCUAAAGGGAGUUGUUAAGGACACACAGUGAAGCUGGUCUUCAGUUCUCAUUUUUAAACACGUGAAUGGAGCCGAAAGUGCUGAAGUGACUCUUGGGGUAACCUGAGAUUAUUAUUAUUUAUAUGAAUGUAAUGCCAUUGUUGCUUCUGUAUUUGAUAAGUAUUCUGUAGGCUAGAGAGACUUUAGGAUAAAGUGGAGUGCUGCACUCAGUGUACCAGUAUGUUGUGUUAAGUCACCCAGACUAAGUGUGGGAAUUUGCAGUGUUCUUGUACAUAUUUCUUCAUGCUAAGUUGUUUUUUUGAUGGAUUUGUUUCUUCUAAGCAGUACAGUAAGAUCAGUCUCAUGUGUAAAUAUCGCUCAUCCAUACACUCUGCUGUGAAGAGGCACUGAAGUCACUGCAGUAGGACUGUUUUGUGGUGAUUGUGUGAAGUAUUCCAAACACAUGCAAGCAGCAAACGAAUGUGUUGAGCAUUUUGCGCCGAUCGUCAGAUGUGAAUCACUUACCCCUCGCUUUCGGAGCCAUGUUGGUGCUCCGCGGCCAUUUUGUGGUAAGCGUUUUGCACACUCCACUCAAUAGAUGGAGUAAUGACAGCCGGCCCGGCACCAACAUCCAUCAACACCCUCUGCUCCGUCUCUGUCACCUCCCAAUAAUGGACCAUAAUGGCCGUGUGGUGCAUGCAUCAGAAACACGCAGAGGAAUCACAUUUCUUUGAUAAAGGAGAAGGUAAUAAAUGGCUGUUAUAAAUUCUGCUGCCUGGACCCGACAACAGCAGAGGUGUGUGUGUGUGUUCAUGCAUGUGUGUGAUGAGCUUCAUUACACAAGUCCAAUUGGCCUGUCCCAGGGUCCCAGGCACAGUUCAGUGCCUCGGCACAAAGCGAGCUGAUGAAAACUGCCUUCUGCUGACAAUCAGGAGAACUAGGUCAUCCCAGAGGGCACGCAGUCCAAACGCCCCGAGGAGCCGAGCACACGGCCACGAAUUGUCUAAACACACAUGACACACACCGCGGACACGCUGAACAACGUGAUGCGGGGGGUACAGGUUCACACACCGCACCACUUUUCUCUUGACUCUGUGUUUGUAUAUAUGUGAAUGUGUUUGUGUGUGAGAGAAAAAGAGGAAGCUUCCUUUGGGGUAGGCAUCUCUGAAACAGUGUUAAUUACCCAGGGAGGCUAAAAUGAUGGACAGCUACAGGAUCAUUUGUGUCAGUGUGGUUGUGGACCUCUUAUUGUCUUCAUCAAUUUCCAGCUUUUACUGCGGUGAAGAUGUCAGAAUGUAUAUUUAUGCCCUUUACACAAGUCAUUGUUUUUAAUACUUCUGUGAAAAUACCUUAGUCUUUGCUGUAGAAAGAAAAACUUUUGAAAAAUGUCCUUUUUUUUGUCAAUAAAUGUGAAUCUAAUA